AUGAAAAAACUUCUUUCUCAAAGAUUCUUUGUUUCUCGGAGAGGAAAAUUAAAUUGUCAUCAUUCAUUGAAUAGUCAUCAAUUUAUUUCGGAACGAUUUUUUGAUGGAUUAUCAUUGGAUAAACGAAAAUAUUCGUCAAUAUUUCCAAUUAAUCUUUCUGAGGAUCAAGUUAAUUCGGAAGAAAUAAUUACAUCAUCAUCAUCACAAGAAUUGGGAAGAAGAUUUGAAGCACAAGUUGUUGAAUACCUAUCAGAGUAUGAUUUUAAUUUGAGUGUAACAAAACGAUCUCAUGAUCAGGGAAUUGAUUUUAAAGGUUUUUGGAAUUUUCCCUUUCUAAAGCAAGUCAAUCCUCAUCCAAUACCAAUUCUAGGACAAUGUAAAAGGGAGAAGGAUGCUGUAGGAGUGAAAUAUAUUCGAGAAUUUGAAGGAGUACUUAGUCAUUAUCAAUUACAAAAAUCAGCCAAUCAAAAUGUAGUUGGCGUGUUUGUGAGUUAUUCAGGUUUCAGUGAACAUGCUGUUCGACAAGCCUUAGAUUCCAAACAGCCAAUCAUUUUGGUUAUUCUCACGACUGUUAAUGAGAAAUUGCUAAUGACCUAUUUUUGCAUGAAUCAUAUGACUCAAAAGAUUAUUCCAAAAGUUACAACUUCAAUUGAGAGAGCUGUCGAUGGAGACAAUCAAAUAAUCUUCUCGGUGGAUAAUUGA